GUCAACAGAGUGGUGGCGCUGCUUAUGAUGUCUGGUCCUUUCUCUCUUUUUUCAAUGUAAAGCAGGUAGCCUCCUUAACUUUGGAGACUAUGUACAUAAACUCAAAAAUGGCAAACAACAUUCCUCCUGGGUAUCACGUUGAAGUUGUAGGGGACGCUAGAUUUGUGGUACCUUUACGGUACUCUAAUUUAAAGCCCAUUGGUUCUGGAGCUCAGGGCUUUGUUGUAGCUGCCUAUGAUUCAGUACUCAAACAAGAUGUUGCCAUUAAAAAAUUGGCUCGUCCUUUUCAAAAUGUUACACAUGCCAAACGUGCCUAUCGUGAAUUUGUUUUAAUGAAACUGGUGAACCACAAAAAUAUCAUAUCAUUAUUAAACGCAUUUACUCCUCAACAAACAUUGCAAGAUUUUCAAGAUGUUUAUUUGGUGAUGGAGUUUAUGGAUGCCAAUUUGUGUCAGGUGAUCAAUCUUGAUUUAGAUCAUGAACGAACCUCAUAUCUACUGUAUCAAGUCUUAUGUGGUGUAAAACAUUUACAUGCAGCCGGUAUAAUCCAUCGAGAUUUAAAACCCAGUAAUAUUGUUGUAAAACAUGAUUGUAGUUUGAAAAUUCUGGAUUUCGGUUUGGCUCGUACAGCUGGAGAUAGCUUUUUGAUGACUCCAUAUGUUGUAACUCGUUAUUAUCGUGCUCCAGAAGUUAUUUUAGGUAUGGGUUAUUCUGAAAAUGUAGAUAUUUGGUCAGUUGGUUGUAUAUUUGCUGAAAUGGUUUUAGAAAGAAUUCUAUUCCCCGGUUAUGAUCAUAUUGAUCAAUGGACUAAAAUUACCGAAGAACUUGGAACACCAGGACCAGAAUUUAUGAAUCGUUUAGAAUAUGCUGUUCGUAAUUAUGUAAUGUCACGUCCAAAAAAUGAACCACGUUCAUUUACUGAACUUUUUCCAGAUGAUCGUUUCCCUCCACCUAGCACCGAUCAUGAAACACUAAACGCUGACCAAGCUCGAGACUUAUUAAGUAGAAUGUUAGUAAUUGAUCCAUUACAAAGAAUUUCAGUUGAUGAUGCUCUUCAUCACCCAUAUAUACACGUAUGGUACGAAGACUCUGAAGUAAACGCGCCACCACCAGCUCCAUAUGAUGAUUCACUUAGUGAAAGAAAUUUAUCAGUUGAAGAAUGGAAAGCGCGUAUAUUUCAUGAAGUAAAAGAAUUCGAAGCUAAAGAAUCUCAUAUACGUAAUGUUCAGAAUUAAAUGAUCUUUGAAACAAAUGGAUCACAUGUGUAUAUACACAUGCAUUUAUAAGACAAAAUAUUAAAAGACAGAGAGAAAGAAAAGUGUUCUACAUAGAAGAUCGAAUAAACGAACAUUAUAAAUGGUUAUUAAGCUAUCAACAACAAACCUACAGAUUAUUCCCAGCUUUCUUUUCUUUAAAAAAACACAACUUUAUUAACUGGAAACUGUGAAUAGGUGUAGUGAUGAUGGUGAUGGUGGUGGUGGUGGCGGUAGUGAUGGUAGUGAUACAGUGAAACUUUUGAUUGUUUUCUUGUUUUUAUAUCACUAUUAUUAUUUUUUAUUGUUUAACCUCUUGUAAAUCUAUUGGCUACCAGCUAUUAUUAUUGUUAUUAUUGUUUUGUAUAAAAUAAAGAAUAGAGAUAGUCGUCUAUACAUAGAAUUAUUUAUCAUUAUUAUUCCAAGUGUGCAUAGGAUGAUUCGCUUGUGUUAUCCUUUGAUUAUGUACUGUAUAGGAAAUGAAUGGUCCGUUGAAUGUAUACAUACAUACAUAUGAUGUAACUCGAAUGGAUUAUGUUUAUUUUUUUUUUAAAUUUAUCGUUGUUUAAUUUCUUUUUUACAUUUCCCCCUUUCUUAAUCCUUUUCUUUAAAAUGAAAUUUAGUUUCCACAUCUGUUUAUGUAUAUGUGUGUGUUGGGUAAUUUUUGUUUUCUUUCUCCCUGUCAUUAUGUAACUUUAGUGUUAAUAUGCACACACAGACAUCCACAAACACAAACAUGCUUAUUUUUCAUUUAUUCAUCAACUACUUUUCUAUGUUUAUUUUGUGAUAUAACCUUUCAUUGUAGAUGAUUCAAUGAAUUCAUUUAUUAUGUCAUUUAUAUUAUUAUUCAAAUAAAUAAAUAUAGGUAUAACCUUUUAAACGUAAUCACUAUUCCCGGUAUAAGAUAAUCAUAAUCACAAAUGCUUGAUUGUUUGUUUGUUUGUUGUUGUUUUUGACAUCCAUUUCUAUAUUUAUACAUGGUUUUAUUACUGUUUCAAAGAAAAAGAAAAAAAGAGAGAAACAUUUUCUCUUCUCUUUUCUUUCUUUCUUUCUUUUUUUCGAAAAAGAAAAACAAACAAUAUUUUAUUCACUCACUAGUACAAUUGUCCAUCACCGCAAAUGCCUAUUCAUUAUGUGUUUUGAUUUUUGAAAUAAAAAUCAAUAAACAACAACAACAUCCCUUUGAAACUUAUUUUGCUAUAUUGUUGAGUCUACUACUCAUAUUAUAUAUAUAUAUAUAUAUAUUUAUCAUUCAAAUGACUAGUUUGCUUACGCUUAUCACUUUUAAACAACAUGGAGUCAUUUUUGUUUGUUUGUUUAGCCGGUAAACAAAACAAAGAGAAAAUAGAAUUGGAACACAAUUGUUUGUUGUUUUUCAAUAUUCUCAAUAGUGUGUAUUUAUUAGUUUAUAUUUGUCUUUUUUUAUCAUAAUUUUAUUUCUGUUGUUAGGGUAUAUUACUUUUAUUAAUAAAACAAAACAACCUCUAUUCAAAAUGUUGUUUGGUUUUGCUCUAUUUGCUGAAUGCCUUCUGGAUAUCAAUCACUAAUUUCUUGUGAAUCAUAAUUUAAUGAUCUUGCUUUCAAAAAUUUUAUCCAAAUAAAUUUCGCCUCAUAACCGCCCUGGAUUAAAGGAAAGACGGAAAUGCAAAUUCGUGAUAUUUCUCUCUGCUCUCAAAUCAGGAGGAUUGUUUAUGGAUUUAUGAAUGUUAUUCUCGCACUGGUGUGUGAUAUUUUAACGAACAAACAAAAAAGUCACGGAUCAAUAAGUAAACAACGUGCAUUAGAUGAACUACGUGCGAUUCGUGAGAGUGGUCUUCGAGAAAACGAGAAAGUUAUUGAUCUAUGGAAGUUAUCCCUUUGUGAUCAUAUAGACAAGCUGGGCUAUGAAAAGUACUCGAUUUUGGAACAGGUGUUCAUCGCCGCUCUAGAUAUGGGAAAUGAUGAUUUAGCUUGUGAAUGUCUUGAUCGUCUUUUGGCAAAAUUUCGUAAUAGUUGUCGUGUUAAUCGUCUUUUUGGUAUGUACUUAGAAAGUAAAGGAAACUUCGAAGAUGCUCAGAAUGUGUACUCGAAACUCAUAAAAGAUGAUCCAACCAAUACAUUGGCCCGUAAACGAAUGAUUACAAUUUUAAUAGCCCAACAGAAAAUACCCGAAGCCAUUAAUGAAUUAAGAGAAUACUUAAAAAUUUUUAUGAGCGAUUUUGAAGCAUGGAAUGAAUUAGCUGACCUUUAUCUAUCAGAAUGUGACUAUAAACACGCUGCGUUUUGUAUGGAAGAAAUGAUUUUGUCUAAUCCUUCUAAUCAUCUCUAUUAUCAACGUUAUGCUGAGAUUAAAUACACUGAAGGUGGAACAGAAAAUUUAGAAUUAGCCAGAGCUUAUUAUAGUCAAGCUUGUCUAUUGUGCCCUAAUAACCUUCGUAGUUUAUACGGACUUCUACUUACAUGCUCCGCUUUAGAUAAUCAUAUAUCAAAAUCAAUUAAGAUGCUACCGUUAACAACAGAGAAUAAACUACACAAUGGACCAUCUGUUGGAAACACUUAUUCAAGUCUUAUUGAUGAUAAUCUUGGCAUCAAUGUCAAUCAUCAUAAUAACCAGAGUAGUCGAUUAAAUAUAAAUCAAGUAUCACCUAAACAACAACAAGUCAAUAGUUUAAAUACUGUAUCACCAGUUCAGGCAUCAUCACUGUCCAGUACAGAUAAAAAUCGACAGUUAGCUAAAUGGGCAGCUGAACAAAUCCGUUUAAUCUAUAUGUCUGCCAAUACAACUCGUGGUGGUUCAUCAUCGUCUUCCGCAACUUGUAUCAAAUCUACUAAAUGUUUCAAGCAACAGUCUACCAAAAAGCAUACUGGACAUAUUAGUAAUCACAAAGAUAAUCAUACUACUAGUAGUAGUUGUUGUAGUAGUAGUAGUAGUAAUACUAACAAUCCAAACGAUGUUACAAGUUUUGAGGAUACUGUCACUGUUGAUAAUACUAAUAAUCCUAUUGAUAUGCGUGUACAUAAUGAUCAUAGUGAUGAUGUUGAAGAUGAUAGUUGUCAUCGAAUUGUUUGUGAUAAAAAGACCAAAUAAACAUAUCGACAAAUAGUUAUUCAUCAUUUGAUAUGACAACGAUCUCUUUAUCUCUUACUAUUAUUGUAAUACAUGAAUUACUAUUCAAUGAAGAAUUUAAUUGAAAACGAAUCUUUCAACAGUUUCCCUGUUUGUGUCAGUUCCUUUGAAAUAGCAAGACAUUUAAAACAAUUGUGACCUUUGUGUAUAACCUUUGUUCCUCAUGUAUUUGUAUUGAUUUAUGUUUUUCUUUCCUACCCUCCGUCCCUCCCUCUGCUUCUAUUUGCUUAUCCCUCUCUCUAUUUACAUCACUCGUUGUAGUAUUUAAGAAAAAAAGAAUACAUACAAACAUUCCAUCUAGUAGGCUUGAAAUUGAGUAAAUAGGUGGGUCCACUUCUUAAUCGAAUUGUUUUUUAAACCAUUUUGUCAUCGAUCUAUGUUUCUUUUCUUUCUUUUUUUUCCUUACUGUAGUAAUUCUUAGACUGUACUUAAUAUUUCUACUUUGUAAAGUUUGAUCGACUUUAAAAGGAAUACAAAAUGAAUUGUUUCUCAAUGUUAUCUAGGUUGCUAUCUUUCUAGAUUCCCCAAAUGCUGUGAUACAACCGAGAGUGGGGAGAGUUAGCUUCCCCUCUCGAAAUGCUACGCGUAUAUAGUCAGUGAUAGGGAAUUCCUACUCACUCCUUUCUUGCGGCGGGAGUGUUGUUUACGAAAUUCAGACGAUGAGGAGCGAAUGCUCGGCGCUUUAAUCGUAUUGGUGGAUAUGGAUGAUCUUUUAGCAUUCUGAUUCAAACUUUUUCAAGGAGAUAUAAUUAGAUGUCCUUGAUAAAAUCAGAUAAUUUGAUAGAUAAUAUGAAUUAAAUAUGUCAACGCAUACAUAAAAUAACGACAAGUAAACAAAAAUAAAUGUUUGUGUUAUUAUGGUGAUCAAGUUGAUUGUUCAUGCUACGUUUGAAGCGAUUACGAGUUCACCUAGUCUGCGAAUGGAACAAAGACUCUGUGACCAAACACCAAUAAGCUAGCCAGCACCGCUAACUAGAGAGAGAAGUUUAAGUUCGAAACGAGGAAGUAUAUUCCGUAAGCAGACAGAAGCACGAGCAAUAACAAUAGGUACAAAUCAAACGUAUAUAUAUAGCAUUAAAUUGUCCUUGGGAAACGUUACAAAAUAACCUACUAAAAGAUACAACGAACUAUAAUAGCGUUUAAGAUUCUCCCAAGUGGGAAAUACAACAUGAAGGUGAAAAUGAGCGCUUUUGGUACGAAAACAAAGUAAU